AUGGCCGCCUCCGCCCUAAGUCUCCUCCUGUUGUCCGGGGCCGCCCUCUCCCACGCCGGGGCAGUCCGCCCCCGCCAGGCCGGCUCGACCAUCACCGUCGACCUGUCCAAGACGUACCAGACCAUGGAUGGCUUCGGCACGUCGGAGGCGUUUCAGCGCGCCGUGCAGAUGAGCAAGCUCCCCGAGACGGAGCAGCGCAAGGCCCUCGACCUGCUCUUCUCCACGACCAAGGGUGCUGGCUUGUCCAUCCUCCGGAACGGCAUCGGGUCGUCGCCGGACAUGAGCUCCGACCACAUGGUGUCUAUCGCGCCCAAGAACCCCGGGGGCCCGACUAAGCCGCUCAUCUACUCCUGGGACGGCUCCGACAACAAGCAGCUGUGGGUGUCGCAGGAGGCGCAGAAUACGUACGGCGUCAAGACUAUCUAUGCCAAUGCGUGGAGCGCGCCGGGAUAUAUGAAAACGAACGGCAACGAUGCGAACGGCGGGAGUCUGUGCGGUGUUAGUGGUGCGUCCUGUGCUAGUGGCGACUGGAAGCAGGCUUAUGCCGAUUACUUGGUGAGGUACAUCCAGUUUUACCAGGAGUCAAACGUCACCAUAACGAACCUUGGGUUCCUGAACGAGCCCGAACUCACAGCAUCAUACGCCUCUAUGACAUCCAACGCCCAGCAGGCGGCAGACUUCAUCAAGGUGCUCUACCCGACGCUGCAGAGGGCCAACCUCAGCCACGUGGGCAUCAACUGCUGCGACGCGGAAGGGUGGAGCAGCCAGGCGGGGAUGCUGGGCGCGCUCCGGAGCGUAGACGACCAGCUCAGCGUCAUCACGGCGCACUCAUACACGUCGUCGCCGGGCAGCCCGAUGAACACGCCGCACCGCGUGUGGCAGACCGAGGCCGCCGACCUCAACGGCGCCUGGACGACCGCCUGGUACCAGUCCGGCGGCGCCGGCGAGGGCAUGACCUGGGCCAACAGCAUCUUCCAGGCCGUCGUCAACGCAAACGCCUCGGCUUACCUCUACUGGGUCGGCGUCCAGGGCGGGGACACCAACUCCAAGAUGGUCCGCAUCAACAACAACGCCGUCGAGCCGUCAAAGCGCCUGUGGGCCCUCGGCCAGUGGAGCCGCUUCGUCCGCCCCGGCGCCGUCAGGGUGGGUUCCUCCGGGGGCGCGAAUGGCAUGCGGGUGGCGGCGUUCAGGAACGUGGACGGGUCCGUCGCCGUGCAGAUCAUCAACAGCGGGGGUGGCGCCGCCGCCGUCAGCGUUAAGGUUAGCGGUGGGGGCGAUGCGACGGCGGCGACGAGGGCCAAGUCCUGGGUCACGGAUAAUACCCGUGCGAUCGAGGAGCUGGAGGCUACUUUUAGCGGGGGGCUAGCCAGCGCGAAUGUUCCGGCCCGGUCGAUGGCGACGAUUCUCCUGACCCCGGGUGGGAAUAGCACCGAGGCUGAGGCGAGGAAAUAGCGGUUAGUUAUC